UCAUCACAUCACGCACGCAGUCUCAACAUGAGACAAUCUCGAUGUCCGAUAGUUGGCGUGGUGGGAAGGGUAUGCUUGUUACCGGCAUCUUGUGGUUACAACCAAGAAACCGACGAGCUCGGAGCUGUUGAGCCAGUAUGGCGUCUGACCGAAUUCACCGGUAAGGCUUCAAAAGAGGUAUAAAAACCAUCCUCAAAAUCAGUUUGCUCGUCCCAACUUCUCUAUAUUCUACUCUUGUGAUUUAUUAGCUGAACGCCACCGAUUCUCAUAUAAUACUCCAUUCUUACCACACAACGACGAAACAAACGUCUAUCCAGUCUAUCCGCCUUCCUUCGCUUCCUUUACACCCUCCGACGUUACCCAUACCAUGAAUACCAUGAACCUCAGCCACAAAUCCUUUCGCUCCCUCUCCUCCUCCUCUGACAAUUCUGCCAUCUCCACCACCUCUACCAGCUCCCGUUCGUCAACUCAUUCGAGAGCUUGGGAAGACAUGAUCGAUAGAUUGGCUUCUCACAAGAUUAAUGCCAGAUUCGACCUCUGGUCUGGCGGGAACAUCCGUCUCAACGGUCUGGAUCUUACACUCACUACUCGUGAUGCAGAGGGACUUUUCAAGGCUAUGAAGACGGAUGAUCGAUUCCAGAUCAUUCACCACGUGUUCUUCGACGAAGAGAAGGAAGACUGGAAGGUCUCCUUUAUUCGCGCCCAACCUUCUCCUUGUUCAGCUUUUCCUUCUGACUCCGAGUAGCUUAUCCCUUCCCCAUUCUCUCCAUCCAACAUUCAGUGCCUCUCUCUUCUCAGGUUGAGCUAGGUCGAUUUGAGUCGAUAUCAAGCCAAGGUAGAUCGAAAUAUCGGUAAACUGUGAGAACGAGAUUGCGAGGUUGUUGUCUUACUAUUCUUUCUGAGUGUUUUUCACGAGAUCUUUCCGUUCGGGAUCACGAGAUUGUUAUGUUGGCUGUAUGUACGCUUGGAAUGCA